GUUUCUCACUAACACCUCGUCGCCACCACUCAAUCCACACCCAAAUCGCCAUGGACUCUCCCCUCCUCCUCCUCCUCCUCCUCCUCCUCGUCGCCCCCUCCUCGUCCUUGGCCAUCGCCUCCAUCAAUGGCGCCGCGACCGACGCCUACGCGGCGGAGCUGCUCCGCGCCGCGGCGGAGGAGCGGGAGUGGCUCGUCUCCGUGCGGCGGCGCCUCCACGAGCGCCCGGAGCUCCGCUUCGAGGAGCGCGAGACCAGCGCCCUCGUCCGCGCCGAGCUCGACCGCCUCGGCGUGCCCUACUCCGCCCCCCUCGCCCGCACCGGCCUCGUCGCCGUCGUCGGCUCCGGCGCACCCCCCGUCGUCGCCCUCCGCGCCGACAUGGACGCCCUCCCCCUCCAAGAAUUGGUGGAGUGGGAGCAUAAGAGCAAAAUAGCUGGGGUGAUGCAUGGAUGCGGGCAUGACGCUCAUGUCACGAUGCUCCUUGGAGCAGCAAAAUUGCUCAACGAACGGAAGGACCAUCUCAAGGGAACUGUGAAACUGCUUUUCCAACCUGCAGAGGAGGGCGGUGCGGGUGCAUCUCAUAUGAUAAAAGAAGGAGCUUUAGACGGUGUUGAAGCUAUAUUUGGCAUGCAUGUUGACUAUCAACUACCUACAGGCAAAAUAUCAUCCCGUCCAGGACCCACACAGGCCGCAGUAUGCUUUUUCGAAGUGAAAUUAGAAGGAAAAGGCGGGGAUCCUGCAGCUCCUCAUUUGAAUGUCGAUCCGAUAAUUGCUGCAUCAGUUUCCAUCCUGGCACUGCAACUGCUCAUUUCUAGAGAAGAUGAUCCCCUUCACAGCCAACUACUCUCUGUUACCUAUGUCAAAGGUGGGGAAGCGUACAACAUUACACCAACAUCGGUCGAAUUUGGAGGAACUUUAAGGAGUCUCACCACUGAAGGCCUAAUUAGGCUGCAGAAACGAGUUAAAGAGGUAGUAGAAGGCCAAGCAGCUGUGCACAAAUGCAAGGCAAUCAUCAGCAUGAAAGAUGACGAAUACCCAAUAUACCCUGCAGUAACCAAUGACGAAAAAUUGCACCAUCAUGUAGAAAAAGUCGGAGGGCUUCUUCUUGGUCCAGAAAAUGUGAAAAUGGGGGAGAAACUAAUGGCAGGCGAAGACUUUGCUUUCUACCAAGAAUUAAUUCCCGGUGUAAUCUUCGGUAUCGGAAUAAGAAACGAAAAGGUUGGAUCGGUCCAUCCUGCGCACUCCCCUUAUUUUUUCAUCGAUGAGGAUGUUCUUCCGAUUGGAGUGGCACUACAUGCAGCAAUCGCGGAGCUUUAUCUUAAUGAGAGAAGCAGUUUGGAUGGUGGUAAGCAUCUAUCUUCAGAUAGUUAAAUUUCAAAGUAUUGUGAGGUUAUAUUUCAUGCUGUUCUGAAAGUAUUGUAGCUUAUGCAAAGAGCCGUUUUUUACCUGCUGAAGGGUAAUACCUUUACAUGAAAAUAAUACGAAUUCUCUUCAUUUAUUAGCAGCCA